UGAGCCAAAGCAGCCCAGCCUAGGCACUCCCGUUGCUUCUUCCAUGCCCUUUCUUAUUUCAAUGUCCUAAAUAUAUUUUUGCUGCGGUCAAUAAAUUCUUUCUACGCUUUGUCUCUUGAUUGAAAUCUUUUCCUCAAGAAGACAAGAACCCAGGUCUCCUUGUCUCACCGGUAACGGACCCUUCCUUGUCUUUGUGUCUGUUUUGCACACCCCUUACUAACCCUAGUCUUUUCAAAUCAUUUUGCUCUCCCCUGCAUGAGUGUGGGGGAAGCCCUCCUAGGCCGAAACUCCCCAAAUGUUAAAAUUUCAUAUUCGUAUCUCUGGACUUCGAUAAAGCACUGCUGAUCUCUCCGCUCCUUACUUGGUUGCCAAGUCAGGAUUCUCACAGAGGAAGCCACCUGUCUUGUUUGGGACCGCAGCACUGCAGGAAUGGCAGACUUUGGGAUCUCAGCUGGCCAGUUUGUGGCUGUAGUCUGGGAUAAGUCUUCCCCGGUGGAGGCUCUGAAAGACCUGGUGGAUAAGCUUCAGGCAUUAACUGGCAGUGAGGGCCGAGUGUCUGUGGAAAACAUCAACCAGCUGUUGCAAUCUGCCCACAAAGAAUCUAGCUUUGACAUUAUUUUAUCGGGUGUAAUUCCUGGAAGCACCACUCUGCACAGUGCUGAUAUUCUGGCUGAGAUGGCCCGGAUCCUUCGGCCUGGUGGAUGUCUUUUUCUGAAAGAGCCAGUAGAGACAGCUGUAGUUAACAAUAGCAAAGUGAAGUCGGCAUCUAAGCUGUGUUCGGCCCUGACUCUUUCUGGUCUUGUGGAAGUAAAAGAGCUGCAGCGGGAGUCCUUGAGCCCUGAGGAGAUACAGUCUGUCCAGGAACAUCUGGGUUACCAUAGUGACAGCUUGCUCUCUGUGCAAAUCACAGGCAAAAAACCCAACUUUGAAGUGGGUUCUUCUAGUCAACUUAAGCUUUCUACUGCCAAGAAGUCUGCUCCUUUGGUGAAGCCUGCUGUGGACCCUGCAGCUGCCAAACUGUGGACCCUCUCAGCCAAUGACAUGGAGGAUGAGAGCAUGGAUCUCAUCGACUCAGAUGAGCUACUGGAUCCUGAAGAUUUGAAGAAGCCGGACCCGGCUUCCCUGCGGGCUCCUGCAUGCGGAGAAGGGAAGAAGAGGAAGGCCUGCAAGAACUGCACGUGUGGCCUUGCUGAAGAACUGGAAAAAGAAAAGUCCAGGGAACAGAUGAGCUCCCAACCCAAGUCGGCUUGUGGAAAUUGCUACCUGGGCGAUGCUUUCCGCUGUGCCAGCUGCCCCUACCUCGGGAUGCCAGCCUUCAAACCUGGGGAGCAGGUGCUCCUGAGCAACAGCAAUCUCAACGAUGCCUAGGAGGGACCCCGCCCAGGACACAUCCGCUCCUCCGCCAACUCCUGUCCCUCAGAUCCCAUCUCUGCAUUUGCUCACUGUUGGAAACCCAUUUG